AUGCCAUGUCAUCUACACGAUCAACAACCUGAAUAUUUGAUUUACGGUGGUAUUGUCUUUACUACUCUGUCACUGCCGUACUUGAAUCAAUUCAGUGAAUAUCAACCGUCUGGUGAAAUUCCAAUUAAUUUACAUAAUAUGUAUUCAUUUCAUAAUCGUCUAGAAUUUAUUGGACAACAAAUUGUUAUUAUAAAUCAAAUUCUGGUUGACAAUGUCAAUAUGGGUUUAGAUUCAUCUAAUUAUGCUCAUUCGUUUGUAUUCUCUGUAAAUGAUAUUAAAAUAAAAAAUUUAAAACAUUUAGCAAAUGAAAUUGACAAAGUUAAAGAUGAAAAGAAUCAAUAUAUUAAAUUUGGUUUAAGAUUAAACAGAUUUAUUGUUAUAUCAACUGAUGAAGCACGUAAUGCAGAAGAACGUAUACUUAAACAGAAUUCAAUUGCACUUGGUAGAAGUGAAAACUUAAUUGUUUAA